AUGAUCCUGAAGAGCAGAGAAAAUAUCUCAGGGAAUGCUGUCACAGAAUUUCUUUUACUUGGCUUUUCUCAUCUCCAGAAAAUGCAGCUACCUCUGUUCUGCAUUGUCCUGAUCAUGUAUGUGUUAGCAUUAAUGGGAAAUGCUCUGGUUGUCCUCAUGAUCCGCCUAGACUCCCGCCUCCACACCCCUAUGUACUACUUCCUCAGCCAUCUUUCCUGGUUGGAAAUUAUCAUCACCACCACUGUCACACCAAAGAUGCUCAGCAUUCUCAUUUCAGAGAAGUCCAUUUCCUUCUUUGCAUGUGCCUUUCAAGUCACAUUAUACUUUCUUGCAGGAACCACAGAAGUCCUCCUACUGGGAGCAAUGUCGGUGGACCGUUACCUAGCUAUUUGUAACCCAUUACGCUACACAGCCAUUAUGAGUAACCAAGUAUGUUUACUAAUGGUGGUUUUCUGCUGGUUCAUUAGUUUUGUUUGCAUUGUAGUUGGGAUAGUUUUCAAGUUUUCAAAUCUACCUUACUGUGGACCCAAUAUUAUCGAUCAUUUCUUCUGUGACACAGGACCCUUGACAAUGUUGAUCUGUGCAGAUACCCACCUCGUUCAAGCUUUAGAAUUUGCCUCAUCUUGUUUUACAUUGCUUUCCUCUGUUGCCAUCACUACCAUCUCUUAUGUCUGCAUUAUUGUCACAGUUAUAAGGAUGCCUUCUGCCCAAGGUAGGAAUAAAGCAUUUAGCACUUGCAGUUCACAUAUCACUGUGGCCUCAAUCUACUAUGGUAGCUCCAUAUUUAUCUACGUCAGGUCAUCUGGAAGCUCAUCUAUGGAUUUCAACAAGGUAGCCACAAUGCUCAACACAGUAGUAACACCCUUACUCAAUCCAAUUAUCUAUAGCUUUAGAAAUAAAGCAGUCAAAGAAGUUUUGAAAGAUAGAGUGAAACAGCUUGGUUUUACCAUUGCAAAGACAGUAGAUUAA